AUGGCCAUGGAGAUUCUUGUGCAGCUUGCUGCCGUGCAGGGCGCCACGAGCCUCAUUGACGUCUCCCGGGUCUACAUUGACGCGUGCGUCUGCGUCGGCGAGACCAGCCUGCUCAUCCCCCAGAGGCUCCUCGACCGAGGCGGCAAGUUUGUCGUUCCCACGACGUGCAGCUCGCUCAGAGACGACCAGCCCAACUCGGCAGAUCGCACUGCAGACAGCAGCGACGGCACAAUCAAUCUGGUCUCCCUGGGGAACCCCGAUCUCACCUUACCGGAACUAGCCCUUGUCGCCAAGCUGUGCGCUGGAAAGGCCAAGGCAGAUGAUACGCAGCUCAUGCUCGUCACCAACCGACACGUAUGCGGCCAGGCUGCUAAGCAUAGUUACGUCGAUGCCGUCGAGGCCUUUAGCGCGCGCAUCGUAACCGAUACGUGCUGGUGCAUGAUCGAGCCCGUUAUCUCUGUCAAGGCCUCGGCAAAACAUACACACUAUGGGCCGGAGAUGACGGGAAGAGGCUACCAUUUCGGGAGUAUCCAGUCGUGGAUCCGUGCUGCCUGA